CACGGAGCACGGGGCAUCUCAGAGCUGGGGAAGAUGGCGAGGGUGGGAUGCGGCCGUGCGUAGACUCGGCGGGUUUCUGGGUGUCCAGGCGCAUUGACGGGACACUCGGAGUUCUCAGCCUUUGAAAAAGGAGGGGAAAUUGAUGAGAAUAGAAGCAGGUAGACACUGUGUGCCCUUGGCCGUGAGGGGAGACAGGCAUGGCUGCAGGCAUGGCUGACCACCUGCCCUUCUUCUUUGGCAACAUCACUCGGGAGGAGGCUGAGGACUACUUGGUCCAAGGUGGCAUGAGUGAUGGGCUCUACCUGCUGCGCCAGAGCCGCAAUUACCUGGGCGGCUUCGCUCUGUCAGUGGCACACGGGCGCAAAGCGCACCACUACACCAUUGAGCGAGAGCUGAAUGGGACCUAUGCCAUCGCGGGUGGCAGGGCACAUGCCAGCCCUGCUGAGCUCUGCCAUUACCACUCCCAGGAGUCAGAUGGCCUCGUCUGCCUCCUCAAGAAACCCUUCAACCGGCCACCUGGGGUGCAGCCCAAGACUGGACCCUUUGAGGACCUGAAGGAGAACCUCAUCCGGGAGUAUGUGAAGCAGACCUGGAACCUGCAGGGCCAAGCUCUGGAGCAGGCCAUUAUCAGCCAGAAGCCUCAGCUGGAGAAGCUGAUCGCCACCACAGCCCACGAGAAAAUGCCCUGGUUCCACGGAAAAAUCUCUCGGGAUGAAUCUGAGCAAAUUGUCCUGAUAGGAUCAAAGACAAAUGGAAAAUUUUUGAUCAGGGCCAGGGACAACAACGGGUCCUUUGCCCUAUGCCUGCUACAUGAGGGCAAAGUGCUGCACUACCGUAUUGACAAGGACAAGACGGGGAAGCUCUCCAUCCCGGAUGGCAAGAAGUUCGACACACUCUGGCAGCUAGUUGAACAUUAUUCGUAUAAACCAGAUGGUUUGUUAAGAGUUCUUACUGUUCCAUGUCAAAAAAUUGGCCGGCAAACAGGAAAUGGUCCACAACUUCCAAGUGCCCAUCCAGCGACUUGGUCACCAAGUGGAAUAAUCUCAAGAUUCGCAUCACGCUCCUUCUUAAAGCCUGCCCACAAAAAGGCCUCCUCAUCUCAGGGGAACCGUCCAGAGAGCUCCAUGACGUUCAAUCCCUAUGAGCCAGAUCCAGGGCCCUGGACUGCAGAUAGAGAAACCCAGAGGGAAGCCUUGCCAAUGGACACAGGAGUGUAUGAAAGCCCCUAUGCGGACCCUGAGGAGAUCAGGCCCAAGGAGGUCUACCUGGACCGGAAGCUGCUGACCCUGGAAGACAAAGAACUGGGCUCUGGUAACUUUGGCACUGUGAAGAAGGGCUACUACCAGAUGAAAAAAGUUGUGAAAACAGUGGCUGUGAAAAUCCUGAAAAAUGAGGCCAAUGACCCAGCUCUGAAGGAUGAGCUGUUAGCAGAAGCCAACGUCAUGCAGCAGCUGGACAACCCUUACAUUGUGCGCAUGAUCGGGAUUUGUGAAGCUGAGUCCUGGAUGCUGGUUAUGGAGAUGGCAGAACUUGGUCCACUCAAUAAAUAUUUACAGCAGAACAGGCAUGUCAAAGAUAAGAACAUCAUAGAGCUGGUUCAUCAGGUUUCUAUGGGAAUGAAGUAUUUGGAGGAGUGCAAUUUUGUGCAUAGAGAUCUGGCUGCAAGAAACGUAUUGCUGGUUACUCAACAUUAUGCCAAGAUCAGUGAUUUUGGACUUUCCAAAGCACUUCGUGCUGAUGAAAACUACUACAAGGCCCAGACCCAUGGGAAGUGGCCCGUGAAGUGGUAUGCUCCAGAGUGCAUCAACUACUACAAGUUUUCCAGCAAGAGUGACGUCUGGAGCUUCGGGGUGUUAAUGUGGGAAGCGUUUUCCUAUGGGCAGAAGCCGUAUCGGGGGAUGAAAGGAAGUGAAGUUUCUGCUAUGCUGGAGAAAGGAGAGAGGAUGGGGUGCCCUCCAGGGUGUCCCAGGGAGAUGUAUGAUCUGAUGAACCUGUGCUGGACAUAUGACGUGGAGAGCCGGCCCGGGUUCGCAGCUGUGGAACUGCGGCUGCGCAAUUACUACUAUGACGUGGUGAACUAAGGCUCCCCUGGCACCUGUUCGUGCAGCCUCUGAGCAGAUGUGUCAUCGCAGGCAAAUGUAUUACAAUGCAUGGAUUUUGAGUCUCCAUCUCCCUUUGCCCGCUGGGAGAGCCACUCUCAUGGGCACUUGCCCAUGAUUGUGCUUCCCCAAAGCCUGUAUGGGAACAUAGCCUCCACAGAACAAACCCGUCCGGACGAGCUGUGGGAGAAAGAUGGACAAGAGGGUCAACAGCACUGUGGAUUCCUUUUGCUUCUUGUCUGAGUGGCUUUCAUGGCAGGUUAUUUUCAGGAUCUGUUUCCAGCUUUCCUUGCAGUCUUUCCAGUGCUCUGGCUUGUGGGCUGCUCUAACUCCCCACAGCCUGGAGAUACUGCCAUGUGGUAUCCAGCCACUCGUCUUGCAUUGUCAGUGUCAAUAUGGCACAGUGACACCCAUGACGCCUGCAGUGGAGGACCGGAAGGAAGAAGGGAGUUUGGCUGGAACAGGCCAUGUGGCUGGCCCUGGCCCUGAAAAGCUUUCUGGAUGGUAAAAGUGCUUUGAGGCUUAAAGAUCAGUUUCUACCAGGCAGCUUCUAAGGUGUAGCCCGUUAAAGGGAACGAAGUCUGGAUACUGCUUUUGCUCUGUGUGUUCUGAACCCCAGUCUUGCCUCUGCAUGAACCGUGUGGCCUGCUGGGAGGAUCGGCUUACUGACUCCCUGAAAGGCUCUCUCUCGCAGGCUCUCUGAAGACUGUACUUGAAUGGAGACUGUGCAGGGGAAAGGAUGUCUGUCACCUUGAGUGUGACGAGGACAGACAUCAGGGUUCUGUGGGCUGUCUCUGUUGUCUAGUUAGUGUGGCCCAUGCUUCCUCUCCCUUGAAGAGGGGUCCGGACAGAAUUUCUGUCUUUUUCUGUAUUCAUAGUGGGGGACACCCUGGUGGCCAAGGGCAUGUAAAGAUGAGUUUGUGAAGAAAGUAUUAAUUCAUAAUAAAGUCACAGACCCUGAUGCUUGCCACAAGUAGGCUUUAUUGAGUGUGAUUUUGGGGCAAAGAUACAAAACUCGAGAUUUCCUCGUCUCCUAGUCUUAGUUAAGCCUUAACUAAUGUCUGAUGUUGCACAAGUCAUUAGACCAUUGAUAAUCAGUUUUGCUGUGGCUCUUCAAAAUUAGAGCUAUUUAGACAUCAUUCUUAGGUCAGUCAAGACAAACUUGGACCAUCUUGUCUUCAGCUAUGCCUGAGACAGUUUACUGUACAUCCCAUCUGUGAUCAGGAGAAGAGGCCCUGCUCCUAACAGAGGGAAGCUAGACAUGGAGAAAGCAGCACUCAGCAUGCUUGCUUGGCCCGAACAAGACUUCACUCACUCACAGAACUUGUGUUAAACCUUUAGAAACUAUCCAUGCCUUUUAGAAUUGUGCUACCUGGUAGCUUAAUAAUUUGUUAAAGAGAGGAUCCCUAUGUGCUGAGCAGGUACUCACAACAAUAGCAAUACACACUUAGAGACCCUGAAAUUAAAAAGAUUAAGACAGCCCUGGCUGGUGUGGCUCAGUGGAUUGAGUGCUGGCCUACGAACCAAAGGGUUGCUGGUUUGAUUCUCAGUCAGGGCCCAUGCCUGGUUGUGAGUCAGGUCCCCAGUAGGGGGCACGUGGGAGGCAACUGUGCAUUGAUGUUUCCCAUCCUCUCUCC